UUAAUAGAAGGAAAUAGAACCAUUCAAGUUUUCUUUACAAAGAUAUUUAAAACAUUGGAGCCACUGGAAAGAUUCUUUUGAUCACAAAUAGGACUGUGGUCUCAUCAACCUGAACUCUGACUCACAGAGUGGGACUUAGGUACCCUUGAGUCCUAGGGUGGGCUCAAAUGGAAAAAAAAUAGGAGCUCUCUGUUUCCCUGGCAAACAAACUAAAUGGAGUCGGAGUGAUCCACUCAUUACAUAGGCGUGUUACCCAACUCCAUUACUGAUGUGACAUCUAGUCCUUCCCCUGCCCAACUCUCUGUGUACAUGGGAAGCACAUCAGCUAAUUGGGGUUGAUCCUCAUGGGGCUACACACAGUAUACAAGCUGCUGUUCAAAGACUGACCCCAUGUGAAGUAAUUCAUGCCAGCUCGGUGUGGUGCCUGCCCAGAUUUCUUUUUGGGUUUCUGCUUGUGGAGCUAACUGGGUCAUGCUCUGAAGCCCCCCACUGAGUGUGUUGGUUCUGGGGCCUCUUGGGAGGGACUCUCUUGCAAGUCAAUGUCAGUCUCUGCCUGUGAUUUCCCCUGGGCUACCUGUGUGGAACAACAAAGCGAUCCAGCUUGUGACUGCCUCUGCUGGGCCUGGGUGCACCUGGAAGGGGCCAAGCUGCAGAGCAAUGCCUCCUUCUACCAGCACCAAGCCCAUGGGGCAGCUAAGCAAAAAGCCCAAGUCACUCCGAGAUCCACCUCCACCUACCAGCUUUCUGUUGGGGCCAGUCACUGAAAGAGCUCCUGUUGGUAUGUGAGUUGCAUGAGAAAUGGACUCACUCAUUUGUGUUGUAUAUUUUACUACAAAUCUCGCAUUAUUGAUUCAUGCCCUACAUCAGACCAUGAAGACUUGAAGGUUGAAGAAAAAAAAGAGCAGAAAGUCAGUAAAAGGGAAACAUCCAGAAACAUGUACGAUGGUGCUGAUGACAGUGACAGUGAUGGAUUGAGUCAGCAGAGCAACAGUGAACAAACUGAUAGGCAGCAGGUUUCUAUUAUGGAGAAUGAAGAGUCUGACAG